AUGAGCUCUCUCGUCUCCGAAUUCCUAAUAAACCCUGUUCUUCGCCAAGCCCGUCGAUUCUCUCGUACCAGUCACACGCACGACCAAAUCGGCCCUCUUUCUAGUCAACGGUCAGCCGAAACUCAACAUGAAGUGGCGAUUGCGGAUAUAGUCGAACGUCUGGAAGGGCUCAAUGAGUCCGGAAAUGGAGGAAGCGGUGCUAUAGAGAGCCUCUCUGGGGCUUCUCUCACAUCGUCCCCCAUUGAAGACAAUGGAGGACUUGAGGCAGAGCUUCAAGCUCUAGAGGCUGGCCGGACCCCGACUAUACCAGCGCCCUUUAGCUCUGCACACGUCGUGCCCUUACGGGUGGCAUCUUUACGGUCAGAGCCAGGCCAAGUGGACGAUGAUGUUUCGGAUAAUCCAUCCUUUGGCGUCCCGGGACGUUUCCGCACGAGCCCGCCCUCGAGCGAUACGGGCCACAAUGCUGCGAGCAUGAGUCCUGCUGGAGGGUCCUCUAGACGUUCGACAUUAGAAGGUGGACAGCCUGGAUCGAGCAAUCACCAUAGGACUAGUUCACUGCCUGAAGACGAUGGUAUGGGGGCUUUAAGGCAUCAAAUCAUCAUGAUACAGUCAAUGGACGUCCCAGCUGAGCAGAAAGCUCGACUGAUGCAUCGUCUCUUGACUCGGGGUUAUUCUCAAGCACAAGAAAUGUUCCAUGCAAGGCAUCAACCGUCUGCGCACUCUCAAGCUAGUAUGAUCAGCCAGGAGAGACCUAGUACACCGGCUUCCUUGAGCUCAUUCAUUUGGCAAAUCAAUGGUGCACUAGAUGCUGCACCCCCAGAACAGCAAUAUACCUUCCAGCUCUCUCCGGAUGAUCUCCGACCCACAUAUGCACCUCCUAAUCCACCAGAAACGGAUGAAGAUGGGGACAUCAACGUGGAAGAGCAAACCCCGGUUCUUGGCUGCCGCCAUUACACAAGAAAUGUCAAGCUUCAAUGUUCGUCUUGCGAUCGAUGGUAUACAUGUCGAUUGUGCCAUGACGAGGCAGAGGACCAUAUUUUGAACCGAAAGGCAACCAAAAAUAUGCUCUGUAUGGUUUGUGGAUGUGCGCAACGGGCUGGUGAGUUCUGCGUUGGUUGCGGCGAAAGAACGGCCUGGUAUUAUUGUGAUGUUUGCAAACUUUGGGACAAUGACUCCACCAAAAACAUUUAUCACUGCCAUGAUUGUGGUAUAUGCAGGAAAGGCAGAGGUCUUGGAAAAGACUUUUUCCAUUGCAAGACAUGUGGCACCUGCAUGUCCAUGGCAGUAGAGCACUCUCACAAGUGUAUUGAACGGGUUUCAGAUUGCGAUUGUCCCAUUUGCGGAGAGUACAUGUUCGAUUCCCCAUCCCGCGUGGUCUUCAUGCUCUGUGGUCAUAGCAUACACAAGGCAUGUUGGGAUGAGCAUAUGAAAUCAUCCUACAAAUGCCCCAUAUGCAGCAAAAGUAUGAUCAACAUGGAGACGCAAUUCAGGAAUCUAGACCGGGCUAUCCAGAAUCAGCCGAUGCCUCCUCAAUUCCAAGAUACCAAGGCUAUGGUAUCAUGCAAUGAUUGCUAUGCCAAAAGCGCAGUCAAGUACCACUGGCUCGGCCUCAAAUGUGCCAUCUGUGACUCGUACAACACCGCUCAACUUUCAAUCCUAACGGACCCAGAGGUAGAUGUGCCUCUGAUUGAGCGCCGGGAAGCUGAAAAUGGUUCACCUCCUGCCCCCGCAAAUGACGAAGGCACAGCACCCACUGGUCUCGCGCCUGGGCCAGGUCUUGUGCGGAUUAGAAGACAUUCUUCGCAUGUGCAAACACCUUCGACGUCGCUUGGGAUAUCUGACCGAUUCUCGCCCUAUCCACUCCCUCAACGCAUUGGACGAUCUGUAUCACCCGUGCGAAGCUUGGGACUUCUAGAAGAGACCGUGGUCAGUCAUGCCAUGGAAACGGACGAUUCGGCGGAGGAGGAUGAUCUUGACUUUUGGGGUCGAGACGAACGAAGGAGCUUUACUUCAGCUGAUAUUAUGGAUGAUGAAAUGGAAGAUGAAGAAGAAUCAGAUGAAGACUCUGCCAUGGACGAGUGUGAUGACGAAGAUGGUGACGAAGAUGAAGAUCAGUUUGAGCUGUUUGGGCACCGUUAA